AUGUCUGCAGAAGAAUUGUUCCAGAAGUAUCAGCUAGAGCGUCAAAAGCGACUCCGGCCUGAAGGCGCAGGACAAUAUGCCGACUUUCGGGACCCUACUGUUGGCGACAAGCUAGGAAAAGACCCUUGGGUAAACAAAGAGGAGGUCCAGGCUCGCUACUCCCCUCUGAACGACAAGAGUUCGACAAAGUUUCUGAUCAUCGGCGCCGGCCACGCGGGACUUCUCCACGCUGUCCGCCUGAUCGAGGCCGGCUUCAAAACCGAGGACAUUGUUAUUGUCGAUACUGCUGGCUGCUUCGGCGGCACGUGGUACUGGAACCGCUACCCCGGUCUCAUGUGCGAUGUGGAAGGAUACAUCUACUUGCCGCUGCUAGAGGAGACCGGCUACGUCCCCAAGCACAAGUACUCGUACGGAGCCGAAAUCCGCAGGCAAUCCGAGCGGGUUGCUCAGCACUACGGGCUCCGGACCCAAUUCUGCACCCGCGUCACCCACCAUCAAUGGAACGAAACAACGCGCCGGUGGACUAUCAGCCUGGCCCAAGACCUGGGCCGGCCGAACGACCCUGUCCACUUCACAGUCGAAGCCCAAUUCUUCAUUACUGCUGCUGGUAUCCUCAACAUCCCGCAUUAUCCGAAACUCCCAGGCUUCGAGGAUCUUGUGGCGAAUAAGAAAGUGUUCCACUCCGCCCGUUGGGACUGGCAGUAA